CCCAAAACUACCAAGCCAAAGUUCAACCAGACAUCAGUUUUCAGCCUGCAGAUUGCCUUUUGAUGCCCCAAACAUAACGGCUACGAGCUACAAGUGACGAAUCAAACAAAACGUGGUGUGAAUGAACAUUUCUUAACUGAUUUAAAAUGUUUUUCAUUAAUGUGAUGUUGAUGACUUGCGGCGACUGUUUUAGUGAUUUUAACAAUUAAUUACCUAUCAUCUUUAUGCUGUAUUAGACUGAGAUAAGAUGGCGGCCGAAAAUUCAACCAACCUCCCCGAAUCGUCGGAGCCACCCUCGCGAAGCCUGAACUUCUCGAUAGCAAAAAUAAUGGAGCCUGAUAACAAAUCAAAAGAAGACAGGAGUAACAAAAUUGUAAAUAUAACAUCGUAUCCAACUCCACUCGAAUCAGCUUUCAAAAAAUACGUUCCAAACAUGUUGCGAUCACAGGACUUGUUACAACAAUACCCCUUAGUGUAUUACCACCCUAGUCAAUUAAUGUUAAGUUCGGUGUACUCAUCCGAGAGUAGUACCCCUACAAACCCUCCAACCAGUCUCAGCACUCCAAUUCAAUUCCCUCCAAAACCCUGCCCCCCGACUAAACGCACCGAGUCCAAACCCUCCAUCGUCACCCCCUCCAGUACUACCAAGCAGAAGAGCUUCGAGUGCGGCGAAUGCGGGAAAGUCUUCAACGCCCAUUACAACCUCACCCGACAUAUGCCAGUCCAUACCGGCGCAAGGCCUUUCGUGUGCAAAAUCUGCGGGAAGGGUUUCCGCCAAGCGUCCACUUUGUGUCGCCAUAAGAUCAUCCACACGUCCGAGAAACCCCAUAAAUGCCACACUUGCGGGAAAGCCUUCAACCGGUCCUCCACCCUCAACACCCAUGCAAGGAUCCACGCGGGGUACAAGCCCUUCGUGUGCGAGUACUGCGGGAAAGGCUUCCACCAGAAGGGCAACUACAAGAACCACAAGUUGACUCACAGCGGGGAAAAGGCCUACAAGUGUACAGUGUGCUCCAAGGCCUUCCACCAGAUCUACAAUUUGACCUUCCACAUGCACACCCACAACGAUAAGAAGCCUUUUACUUGUCGCGUCUGCGGGAAAGGCUUUUGUCGGAAUUUUGAUCUGAAGAAACACAUGCGCAAGCUGCAUGAGAGUACUUCGGCCUCCGAUUCGGACUACGUGGCCAAUCCCGCGCCGCCGACCGUUUAUCCGAACGAAAGGGACUUGCAUCAUUUUAUCAGUCCGUUUUUACGGCCGCCUGUGCCGGUCUAUUCGAAACUAUUGUGACCGUUUUAAUUUUACUAAUUGCGGUUCUAACGCUUGAUGAUCUCUUUAUCGAUGUGCAAUAUUGCAGGAUGUG